AUGAAUCUAACCAGCGACAAUUCCAAAAUGUACAAUCAAUUAUUGACUCUGGUUUCUCAAGUACUCUACGCCCUCAGCACGCAAUACUUCAAUGCUGUGUCGAAUAGGAUCACAAAUUGUUUGGCUUUAGCUGCUCAAGAUGAAAGUAGCGGAGAUCCUGCUAAUGAACUGGAAUUGAUUCAACAUCUCAAUUUGGAUAUGCGGAAACUAUGUCGCUUGAUAUUUGGUAACUUUGUCCUCAUUUCAACUGUAUUAAAUCCUGUAUUUAUCGUUAGAGAUUUGCAAUCGAUUUCGUUCCUUGAAGAAAUCUACUUGGCUCCAUUUGGCAGUAUACCUAGAACGAAGUAUUGCGAACGACUGUUCUUCUUGUUUUCCUCACUGUGCGCUGAGAGCGGUCGGAAAAAGCUGCUAGUUUGGCCGUUACAAAUUAUGCUGUUGGUUCUUUGCCCAAAAAUAUUAGAAGAAAUUAUCAAUGCGGAAAAUGGAGCUCCUUUGUCUCCGGAGCAUCAGAAGAAAAAACAAUUUGUGGAUGAGGUGCGCAAGGCUCUUUCCUCACACGGUCACGGAAGUGGUGGUGGAAAGCCUGUUUUGACUGAAGCGGCUCUUCUUGCUGCAGUCAAUUUGUGCAAAGCCUCUACCUAUAUAAAUAUCAACGAUCGGAAUAACAUUCUGUUCAUUCUAGUUCAUUCUGUUUAUGCAGAUUUGCAGGUGAGAUUAUUUUUUACAUACUUUCAUCUGACUUGGGUUUUCAAUAAUUCUGUUUCGAACCGUAAAGUGAUUUUCAUCAUACUCUCGUUUUCACAUGUUUUAUAUUGA